UGCCACAAAGUUUUCGCAUCUAUUCCCUAAAAAUGGCUUCUAAAAGCAAAGUUAUCAUUAAAAUUGAAGAAGACAUUCGAAUAUUCAUACAUCGACAGAUUGAUCUGUUCCUUCAAGAUGAGCAUCAAACGGAGUUAGACUUUCCUGCAACUCUUACAAACCUUCAUCGCGCCUAUAUCCAUGAAUAUGUUAAAAACAAACGCUUGAAGUCCAAAUCCCACGGAAAAGGUGAUGGACGAUAUCUGUCCAUCUACAAAAUGAGCAUAGCAGCUGUCACCCAUGAGGACACCAUCCUGAAAUUGGCACCGGAAACAACCGAUAUUUUAUUUGAGCUUCAAAAGGGAUACAAGACCGCCGGAACGCUUGAGUCGAGUUCGAGAAAACAGAACACAACGCGGACGAAUUCUAUAUUUUUGACAUCGGUUCCCCCGACUGUUCCUCCGUCGUUAAAGGCGCUGUCUGACGUGCUGGACGAUCGUAAAAGAUUACCGAUAUCUCAGUUUCAUGAUAUCAUUUUAAAGUGCGGCCUGCAAAAUCAAGUGUUGAUCAUAUCCGGUAACACUGGGUCAGGAAAAACCACACAAGUGCCCCAGUUUAUCAUGGAAGACGCGGCCCGAAAACAUGCCCCCUGCCGGAUUAUUUGUACCCAACCGAGACGGAUCAGUGCAGUAACCGUCGCCGAACGAGUUUGCGUCGAAAGAAACGAGAAACUGGGCGAUACGGUUGGAUAUCAGAUAAGGUUGGAAAGCCGAUUGAAACGCACGACCAAUUUGGUGUUUUGCACCAAUGGUAUUUUGCUGCGUUGUCUUAUGGGCAAAAUCGCAUCCAAAUUUUUGAAAAACAUUACACACAUAAUUAUUGACGAAGUCCAUGAACGGGAUCAAUAUUCAGACUUUCUGCUGAUUGCAUUGAAAGAUAAUCUAUCCUGCCAUCCCCAUGUGAAGGUCAUUUUAAUGUCUGCCACCAUAGAGUCCAACACAUUUUCCAAUUAUUUCAACAACUGCCCAGUGAUUGAAAUACCGGGAAGACUUUUCCCGAUACAGAGCUUCCAUCUGGAAGAUAUUUUGUUCAAUAUUGACAUUUACAAUAACACCGUUAAGGAUGUGAAGAGGAAAUUGGUGGCAAAUUUAGAGCAGCAGCACAGUAGGACGCAAAUGCCAGCCAUCGCAAACAUGGACGAUGAAACCAUACUGCUAAUGAAUGACAUACUGGAAGUUUGCUGGAUCGAAAAUAGCCCGGAGGGUUUCCAUAGCUUUUUCGCGCUAAUUGACGAGGAAAUCGGCCCGAUCGAUUUUCAGCACACGGAAACAAAAAUGACUGCCCUCAUGAUAGCUGCGGCCAAAGGUCAUACGGAAAUAGUGAAGAAAUUGUUGAAUAUGGGCGCCAAUGCUUUUAUGAAAGAGAAGCAUAACUACACGGCCUACGACUGGGCUUGCUUUGUGCACGGAAACAGCUCAUGUUCGGAAUUGCUAAAAAGUGCUCUACAUCAAUCGGAACCCCCAUUCUCGCGUUCAUUGACAGCGAACAGCACGAAGGUACUGUUGGAUGCGUACCACACAUCGGUCGGUGAUGAAAAGAUCGACCACAAUUUGAUAGUCGAUGUUAUUUUGUAUAUCUGCCGCAACCAACCGGAAGGUGGCAUACUGGUAUUUCUGCCCGGAUAUGAAGAUAUUCAAGAACAGUUCGACUUGCUGAUGAGCCGAGUAUCGAGCUUGUUCCAUUUGAAAGUGUUCAUGCUGCACAGUAAAAUGCAAACCAGCGAUCAACAUUCCGUGUUCAAACCCGUCCCGCAAGGUGUGCGAAAAAUAAUUCUCGCUACCAAUAUUGCCGAAACGUCCAUCACGAUGGACGAUGUUGUGUAUGUGGUGGACAGUGGCAAGGUGAAGCAAAAAUACUACGAUUCGCUAACAUCCACCACAUCGCUAGCGGCCACGUGGAUAUCACAAGCGUGCGCCACGCAAAGGGCAGGCCGUGCCGGACGUACGAAACCGGGCAAAUGUUUCCGGCUGUAUAGCCGCACGCGGCUAGGAGCGUUCGAUCAGUUCACGCUGCCGGAAAUUAUGCGCGUGCCGCUGAACGAAAUAUGUUUGCAGGCAGCGCUCAUAACGAAGGAUGUAUCGAUACACGAGUUUCUCAAUAAGGCUAUUCAGGCACCGUCCGCCACAAGCAUUAAGCAGAGCAUACGAUACCUGCAAAAGGUUGGUGCACUGGACGACGAAGAAAGCGUCACCGAUCUCGGCUACAUCCUGGCCGAGCUGCCGGUCGAUGCGAGGCUAGGGAAAAUGCUUCUUUACGGCAUACUUCUCAAGUGUUACGAUCCGGUACUGCUCAUAGUGAGCAUAUUAAGUAUUAACGACAUUUUCGUGAUUCCAUCGUUCGCUGGAGACAAGGAAAAGGCGAAGAAAGUACGACGCGAGCUGGCAGAGGAAUCGUUCAGUGAUUGCUUCUGCUUCCUUCGAGCGUACCAACGUUGGAAGGAUUUGCGAUCUCCGGGAAGCCAGCGGGACUUGUGUAAUCGACUCUUUCUGAGCCACAGCAAGCUUACUAUGGUGGAUGAUCUGCGUAAUAAGCUUCACGCACAUUUGUGCUCCGUUGGCAUUGUGAAACGGUAUGGCCCAGGAGGCAUGGAGGAUAUCAACGAGUUCUCCAACAACUGGAGUUUAGUGAAGGGAUGCCUGUUGGUGGGCCUGUACCCAAAUGUUUGUUAUUUGGAAAAAUAUUCCAAAACCAUGAAGACACGGUUUGAGAAGAAAAUUUUCAUUCAUCCAUCGUCGGUGCUCGGCGAAAAGACAAUGAAGCGGGCGAAGGACAAGAAGGACAGCUCCAUUUGGUUGCCGAGUGAAUGGAUUACGUUCGAGGAAAAAUACAAAUCUGGCCGAGGUUCCAUGAUUCGCUGCAACACGGUCGUGUCGUCGCUAUUGAUAGCCAUUUUCGCCGGUCCAUUGCAUUUGGAUGAGUCCGAAUGUUUGAUAGAGUGUGAGAACACGGACUCGAUGAAAUGUAAGAUUGCCAUCGACGAUUGGAUUAAUUUAACGGUGGAGGCCAAGUAUGCCAAGGCAGUGCUACAUACAAGGCGGUUGGUGCAUGAAUUAUUUCUUAAAUUUAUAGAAAACCCUCGUACACAUCAACUGUCUGCGCGUGAUCAUGCCAUCAUCAAAUGCUUGGGGCAGAUACUUCUGCAUGAAGACCGUGCAUUAGAGCUGACAAACAGUUUGGAAACGAUCGUGGGCGCGAAUCGCAGGGGUGGAUCCAAAAUGCAAGACGUACAUUGGAAAGCGGAAGGUUUUAGAAACAAUGUUCAUUCAUAUGUUACACGAAAAUAAUUAUCAAAUCAUAUGAUACUAGUCCAUGCUACUGAUACAUGGUAUUGAUAAUGAAUUGCAUUACAUUUAAAAUCUGUGAAGUAUUCUUAAUUGGCAAUUACAUUAUGUAAAUAAAAUCAGUAACAAGCACAAAAGAUAAAGUCCAAUAACUGUAGAUAAAACCUUAAAUUGUUUCAUAUUGCAGCUCACAAUGGAUCCGAAAAUUGGACAGCGUGAAUAUGUUUGAACAAUACUAUGAAUAAAAUUGCAAA